UGGUAACGUCUCCAGUUUGAACAUUAUAUACAAUGUAUCGCGUAGUAUUUCUGUUGUUUUGGAGUGCGCUGCGAUGUGUAAUAUGUGAUAAUAAUUAUGAAGAUGCUAAAUUGAAUUUCACACAACUCGCGGUCAAAUAUGGGCAAAAAUGUGAAGAGUUUGAUGUUACAACUAAAGAUGGUUACAUUCUGAAAUUAUUUCACAUCGUUGGGAACGAAAGCAAUCCUAUUAUACUGGCGCAUGGGAUGACAGAUUCAGCGGAUACCUUCAUAAUUAGAGGCGAAUUGUCACUAGCUAUUACUUUAGCCAAAAAAGGCUGUGAUGUGUGGGCUUUGAACGUCAGAGGCAACAAGUACAGUAGACGGCACGAAACUUUAAACCCUGACAAGGAUAAAGAGUUUUGGAAUUACAGCUUCCACGAAAUGGGUCUGACAGAUUUACCAGCAAUUAUAGAUUUUGUUUUGAAUAAUACAGGUCAGUCUCAACUCACAAUUAUUGGACAUUCUCAGGGUAACCAAAUGAGUUUAGUGCUCACAUCUCUAUUUACUGAAUACAAUUCUAAGAUAAAGGCUAUAAUCGCAUUGGGCCCUGUAGCUUUUAUGCACAAUGUAAGAUUUCCCUUGUCUGCAUUAAUACCAUUGUGGCCGUCAAUAAAUAUUGUACUUAAAGCAUCAGGCCAAGAAGAAAUUUUUAAAAAUGGUACACUUCCUACUUACGCUGCCAGAAACGUUUGUACACAAAAAGAAAUAGGCUAUAAGUUGUGUGGACAAAGAGUGUUAUUUCCCAUUGUCGGGCCGGACCCCGAUGAAUUGGAGCCAGAGUUUUUCCCAAUUAUGUUUGAGCAUUUCCCAACUACGACGUCAAGGAAAAAUUUUGAUCACUGUGCACAGAUCAGUUUGAAGAAGAGAUUUGCCCAGUUUGACUAUGGGCUAGACAAUUUGAAAGUAUAUGGUUCCUUAGUGCCAGCAGAAUAUCCUUUGUCAAAUAUCACUACACGGGUUGCUCUCUUAGUGGGUCUUAAUGACCCACUAGCAGAUGUUACAGACGUGAAGAUCUUAAGGGAUAAACUGCCCAAUAGUUAUUACUAUGAGAUAAAACGUGAGCAAUGCAAUCACGCUGAUUUUGUUAUCGGUAAGAAUAUGAACGACUAUUUGUAUCCGAUUGUGUUCGAGAUAUUGCAAAACUACAGAAAAAUAAACUUUAACAACUAAAAAUGAAUAGUUAUCCACUGUUUCGUAAAACAAUUCAAAAUGUAUAAAUGCAUAAAGCAAAACUUCCUUCUAUUUAAUGGCGUUAAUACUGAAAAAUUAAAUAUGUGCUCUUUUGUAUUAUUUUUAAUGUGCAAUUUAAGUACAAGCAUGUAUACUUAUGUAAGAAAUACGUCACUAAAGAUGAUGCAUAAAGUAUAAUAAAAAUAAAGAUAAAAAUAAAUAUAUUCAAAUUGAAAGCAUAAAAUAACUCUUAUAUUAUUGUAACUGGCUAAUCAUAAAACCUAUUGUAUUCUAUUUUUAUACUUUUUAAUGUUGAUAUUUGACACUUUUUCGCUUCAAAAUAUACCGUCUCAAACUUUACAUGUUUUUCUCUUUUAAACUUAACCCC